GGCGCCGCGGUCCCUGUUUGUGUUGAGUGUGGAGGCGGUUGUCGCUCCGCCAUGAGGGAGACUCCGUUAUCAAACUGUGAGAGGCAGUUCAUUCUCCAGGCUAUCGCCGAGAGACAGCGUCUUGAUGGAAGACAGACGUAUGACUAUAGAAAUAUCAAGAUAACAUUUGGAACAGAAUAUGGAUGUUGUAUUGUGGAACUGGGUAAAACAAGGGUCCUGGCACAAGUAUCAUGUGAACUUGUUACUCCUAAACUUAGUCGGCCUACAGAAGGCAUAAUUUUCUUCAAUUUGGAGCUCUCUCCAAUGGCUUCUCCUACAUUUGAAGCUGGCAGGCAAUCUGAGCUAUUAGUUAAAUUAAACCGACUGCUGGAGAGGUGUCUGAGGAAUUCCAAGUGCAUAGACACAGAAUCCCUAUGUGUUGUAGCAGGUGCAAAGGUGUGGCAGAUACGUGUAGACUUGCAUUUGUUAAACCACGAUGGGAACAUUAUUGAUGUUGCAAGCAUAGCAGCUAUUGUGGCAUUGUCUCACUUCAAAAGACCUGAUGUUUCUAUUCAAGGAGAAGAAGUCACAGUGUACAGCCCAGAGGAACGUGAUCCAAUUCCAUUGAGCAUACAUCACAUGCCCAUUGCGGUCAGCUUUGCCUUCUUCCAGCAAGGAACCUACCUAUUGGUAGAUCCAAUCGAACAUGAGGAACGUGUCAUGGAUGGACUUCUAGUAAUUGCCAUGAACAAACACCGUGAGCUAUGCACUAUUCAGUCCAGUGGUGGCAUAAUGCUUCUAAAAGAUCAGGUUCUUCGUUGUACUAAAAUAGCCGGUGUUAAGGUGGCAGAAAUCACAGAGUUGAUGCAAAAAGCUCUGGAAAAUGAUAAGAAAGUCAGGCAAGAAGGUGGGAAGUUUGGUUUUGCAGAAUCCAUCCCAAAUAAACGAAUCACUGCCUUUAAGCUGGAUGAAGCUUCAGUGGCUACAGACGGUGUUGAAGAACAAGUUGAAGAAAUUGUAUCAAAGGCUGAACCAUCCACACGACAUAUUCCAAAACCAAUUGUGCGUGCUCCUGGAACAGGUCAAAUUGGGGAAGGGAUCCAAAAUGAAUGGAUGAUUGAUGAGUUGGAGGAAGAGGAAGAAGAUGAAGAGGAUAUUGUUCCCGAACCAGGUGCCCAGAGUUUGGGCACUGAUAAUGAAAGGGCAAACCGACAUACAGAUGCUGAGGUUAUCCAACUGUCAGACAGUGAAGAAGAGGAGGUUGUAAUACUGGAACCAGAAGGAACAGAAAAGAAAGGAAGAAAAAUAAAUUCUGAAGACACCCAGCAAAUAUCAACAAAUAAAGUGGUGCCAAACAAUAAAAACAAGAAAAAACAGAAGAAAAAAGGAGCCCAGUUGUGAUGUUAUCUGUGAAAUAACGAUGGAACCUUUUGAAGCUAUACUGAAGUGCAUUACUUUGUUAUUCAUGUUAAUGUUUUAUCCUUGGAGGAGACAUAUAAAAUUGCACCGUUGCAAAUGUAAGAAAUGGGUUUGAAUUGAUAUUCUUUACGUUUGCUUAUUUGUAACAAGUGACUAUUUCAAGCGUGUAAAAUUUUAUUUGGAUAAAUUCAUUUAAAUAUUCUUUUGGGUCUUUGCUAACCAUUUAUCGAUACCGGGUGGCUACUUCUCAGGGAUUUUAAGUUUUAAUUCAUUAUGCCUGUGGUUAUUUUAGCAGUUCCACCUUUGUUGCUAAUUAAUGGUUCAAUGGAACUACUGCCAUUUGUACAGAUAUUGCCCAUGAGAGCCUAUAUGAAGUAAAUUUUAUCUUUAUUCCUCAACUUUUUAAACUUGCCUUUGUAAUCCUCUGUUCAAUCAAGUCUGUUAAUAUGCCUAAAUGUUGUUGGCCUGUUUAAAAUGUUGUUUUCUUGAACAAAGUCCUGUGGAGAAAUUUUGAAAUUGACUGAACAGUUCUGAAUUACUCAUUCUUACAAUUAAAGGCUUGUGUAAUCAUUCAGAAUCUGACCAUUAUGUUUCACUGUGCUUUCCAUUUUGAGUUUCUGUUUUGUGUGCAGAGUAAUGAACAAUAAGCAUUUCUGAAAUCCCUUUUUCAUCAUCAUAUACCUAUAGGCACUUCAGUGGCAUAAGGAAAAAUGGAUACUGAGCCAAGGAAGAAGAUAGAGGGCUAUUAAUUGCUCCUUAAGGGCCUGCAUUGGGAGUGAGGUGCUGGUUACUCAUGAACCUUUCUGCUAGGAACGUAUUGCUCUGAUGAUCUUGGUUGUGUCAACCCACUGACUUAUUUGUCCUGCCCCCCUCUGGAGGGAAAGUUAGAUGGAAAUUUAAGGAAGUGGGCUAGGUAGGAGAUCUGAAAGGUUGCUAUCUGGUCAGUGAGAUGAUUAUUUUUACUGCUGCGAUGUGAUCUUGCCAGAUGUGAGUCAGCGGUAGAAUGAUGGUGGGUAACAAAUUAGUGGCAAAUAGGUAGCAGCAGCACAGGUAGAUAUUGUCAAGUCCUUGGAGGGCAGUACUUUCAGUGAGACCCCCUUUGUUUCCUUGCAUGUCACCACCCUGUAGCCAUCUGCUGUGGUGGGAAUCCUACUCCAGAAUGAGAACCUUGCAGCUGAGGCCCCAAAUAGUUCUUAAUGAUUUCAUCUGCCAUUUACAGGUGUCUCCAGAUUCUGCCUGUUGCUGCGAUGCCUACUACUUCCAUUGGAGCUGCUGACCAAACUUUUGGGUAUCUGACCAACCUUCUGUCUUUAACUGGCCAGCACUGAGAGAGCCUUUUUCAUUGGUCUCCAGUGAGCUUGAGAAUGUAGGCGAUUGGGCACCAUCAGGAGAGAUUUUGAAUUGACUUUUGUUCCCAAUCCCUCUAACUCUCUCCAUAGCUGGUAAGAUUCAUCAGGUACAGUUGCCAUAAUCCUAACCAACCAUUGAUCUGCGCUCAUUAGAGGUGAGACAACUGGUGGUGAUUUAACCUGGGGGACACCAACUCCAACAAGGGGAGAGGUUGGGAAGAUAGGAGCUUCAUAGUGUCCUCAUCCAGUGUUGGAAUUGAAUCUGGAUUUUUGGAAUCACUGGAUCUCAAACCAGCCAUUUCACCAACUAAGCUAACAGAUCCUCCCCCACCCCCAUAACUAGAUAAAUGAAUGAGUAUCUUGUAUCACUAAAGCUGAGCAAAUUGUUUAUUUCAAUAUUCUCUCCUUGCA